GACAUUGAGCAUUUUUGUAAAAAAGUUUGAAAGGCUUCGACAUAAUGGAUCUAAAAUGUAGGCUACAUUUUCUUGUGCCGCAGCACAAAAAACAACACCUGAACAUCAGUUGCCGAACUUACUUACUGGUGUCUAGUCUACAGUAGUCUACUACCGGCGUAAGUUAGAUCCAAAUAAGUUGUGAUACAGUCACACAGCCUCUAGGGCUCUAGGACCCAGCGGGUAUCAGAAGACGCAUUCCUCUUCGCGUGUGAAAAGGAAACUCCUUACCUCGCGCAGGACAACCUCAGGCGCGCGGCCAGACAGUGUCGAUCUGCGUGCGGCGCUGCUGUUCCGACUCCACGCGCAUCCAGUCCGCACUCCGCUAAAAAACCUCGAAUGUUUGGCAGGACGGGGGCACAGGUUGCGCGGCGGUAGCAGUGACAGGGUACCCGGGUUUGGUGGUGUCGCCAGCUGCGAUGAGUUUCAUCUCCGGUCUGAGACGCAGCCUGAAGAAGGAUGACAGCAAACGGAACUCCUUGUCGGUGAGGAAGAGUCAGGGCAGCUCCGUAUCUCCCACUAGGCUGUCUGUCAUCAACUGCAAAGAGCUUGACCCCGCCAGUCCUGAUUUCCGGUUACAGCUGACAGACUCUGACGAUGAACUGCAGGAUCCCGCCCCUUCUACAGAGUCACAGAGGUCAUCGCUGGCCGCUGCCCUGGACGACUGCAUGGUGGCUCUGGACCUGUUUCUGCAGAACCGGUUUGAGCAGGCCGUGUCCCAGCUCAGCGGCAGAAAGAGAGACAGCAUGUACCAUGCGCUCACCUACGCCACCAUUCGGCAGUUGCAAGCCAUGAUGACCUUUGACCCAGCGGACAUCCUGACAGCUGGGAACACAAUGAAGGAUGCCCAGACCCUGUGCCAGAGGUUCCGCAAAAAAUCCUCUCUCACCAGCAAGACCUGCACUGAAGAGGAACUCCAUGCUGAGUUGUGCUAUGCUGAAUGUCUCCUGCAGAGGGCAGCGACAACCUUCCUUCAGGAUGAAAACAUGAUCAGUUUCAUCAAAGGAGGGAUUAAAGUGAGGAACAGCUACCAGAUCUACAAGGAGCUCCACGCCAUUCGUCAGUUUCCUGGCAACACCCCGGGAGAGAAUCACUGCCAUUUUGAGAGCGGGGUCAACUUAGGAGUGGGCUCCUUUAACCUGAUGCUGUCUCUGGUGCCCACCAAGAUGCUUCGCCUGUUGGAGUUUGUAGGGAUUUCAGGGAACAAGGAGUGUGGCCUGCAGCAGUUGGAGGAGGGUGGAACCACACCAACAUUACGAGCCUUUCUGUGUAGCAUGGUGCUCCUCUGCUACCACACCUUCAUGAGCUUCAUCCUGGGUACGGGGGAGGGUGAUGUAGGAGACGCUGAGAGGCUGCUUCAGCCCUACCUGGAGAAAUACCCGCAGGGGGCAGUCAUUCUGUUUCUUGCCGGACGAAUUGAGGUGAUCAAAGGAAACCUUGAUGCUGCUAUAGGUCGGUUCGAGGAGUGCUGUGAGUCACAGAAGCAGUGGAAACAGUUUCACCACAUGUGUUACUGGGAGCUGAUGUGGUGCUUCACCUACAAGAGGCAGUGGAAGCUGGCCUACUUCUACUGUGACCUGCUGAGCAAGGAGAACACCUGGUCUAAGGCCACCUACGCCUACAUGAAAGGGGCGUACCUGAGCAUGAUGACAUCAGAGGAGCGCAAGGUGCUCGGGGAGACCGAGGUGGAACUGUUCAGACAGGUGCCAGGUCUGAAGCAGAAGAUCGCGGGGAAGUCUCUGCCCACGGAGAAGUUCGCCAUCCGAAAGGCCCGGCGUUACCUCCCCGACACCCACGUGCCCCUCCCUGUCCCCCCAUUGGAGAUGAUGUACAUCUGGAAUGGAUACACCGUGAUCGCAAAGAACCAGGAGCUGACUGAGGGGAUGCUAGAGACCCUGGACGAGGCCCAGAGAGACCUAGACCUGCAGCCAAAGACAGAGACCUCCAUAGAUGACCAGUGUGUGCUGAGCCUCCUGAGGGGACUCUGUCUGAAGCACUUGGGCCGCACCAAGGAGGCGGAGCAAUACUUCACCCUGGUGCUCUGCAACGAGGCGGAGAUAAAGUUCGAUCACUACCUGGUCCCCACGGCCCUGCUGGAGCACGGGCUGCUGUGCCUGCAGAGCGGCCGCACGGCGGAGGCCAUCGUCCUGCUGGAGACCGCCAAGCAUAAUUACAAGGGCUACUCCAUGGAGUCUCGCACACACUUCCGGAUCCAGGCGGCGCUGCAGUCGGUGCGGGCCGCCAUGGGGAGCGCAGAGCCCAGCGCAGCAUCAUCCAGCCCGUGACCAAUGAGGAGCAGCUCACAGAAAGGGGGCGGGGCCAAGUGCCAAACUCCAUCAGCAACUCUCAGCAAAGGAGGAGCUGGCACCCUGUAGACCACGCCCACGAAGUCACAGACAUACCCCCCCACAGAUUCGCAGACAUACCCACAGACACAGGGUCACAGACAUACCCACAGACAGAUUCGCAGACAUACCCACAGACACAGGGUCACAGGCAUACCCACAGACAGAGUCGCAGACAUACCCACAGACACAGAGUCACAGACAUACCCACAGACAGUCACAGACAUACCCACAGACACAGGGUCACAGACAUACCCACAGACACAGGGUCACAGACAUACCCACAGACACAGUGUCAC